AUGGAGAAGGUGACACUGGACAUGGCAGGGACUUGCCUGAGGCUGGUCAGCGCCUGGCAGAAGCUACAUCGAUUGGAAAGGAAAUACCGGCUGCGGCAGCCCGUUUUUUGGGGGGGCGCGCUCUUCCCGGACGUGGUGAACUGCAUGCAGACAGACAACCUGGAGCUGAAGAAGCUGGUCUACCUCUACCUGAUGAACUACGCCAAGAGCCAGCCGGACAUGGCCAUCAUGGCAGUCAACACCUUCGUGAAGGACUGUGAGGACCCAAACCCUCUGAUCCGGGCUCUGGCUGUGCGGACCAUGGGCUGCAUCCGUGUGGACAAGAUCACGGAGUAUCUGUGCGAGCCCCUGCGGAAGUGCCUGAAGGACGAGGACCCGUACGUGCGCAAGACGGCAGCCGUCUGCGUGGCGAAGCUCCACGACAUCAACGCCCAGCUGGUGGAGGACCAGGGCUUCCUGGACACCCUUAAGGACCUCAUCUCGGACUCCAACCCCAUGGUAGUGGCCAAUGCAGUAGCAGCUCUGUCGGAAAUAGCGGAGUCUCACCCAAGCAGUAACCUCCUGGACCUCAACCCCCAGUCCAUCAACAAGCUGCUCACGGCCUUGAACGAGUGCACGGAGUGGGGCCAGAUCUUCAUCCUGGACUGCCUGGCCAACUACAUGCCCAAGGAUGAUCGGGAGGCCCAGAGGUGA